UUGUCAGAGUCUCCCUUUAAGCUUUCGGGAGCGAGAGCGAGAUGCCAGCGGCAUUGGCAGUGCGCAGUGGCGCUUGCCCCCGACUAUGGUAGCCACUGUCCUCGAGUGGCCUCAUUCUCUAAUUCCCUCACCCACGCACUGGAGUAUCUCGUUCGAUCCUCGGUGACAAUAUUCGUUUCUCAUUCAGCCUAUUUCUCACGUAUCUCUAGACGGUACUUGAAGAGUUUUAACAUAGGUUUUCGCGCUACUCUGUUUGCUUUUUGUUCUUAUGGCGUCGGCGCUAUCCCGCCUGUGUAGCGUGUUGGAUUGAUGCACAUAGAUCUAAGCUCUCCGGUAGCUGGAGUUUGUUCAAUUGGCUGUAUAUGUAUAUUUUUUCAGUGAAGGUUUUUGUCCCUUCCUUCCUCGCUUGGUUUGUUUCUGGAAGCUAUGGCGUAUUCUAUGGAGCACGACAACGGGAAUGAAGUUGAAUGUCGUGCGAGAAAUUCUGGACCAAACCCAGAGCAUUUUAAUAUCAUUUUUGUUGAUCUUCAAGAGUGAUGGGCCUGAAAGCCAAUGCGCAGCUUACGUCACGGACAACCCAGGAUAUAAAUUAUUGAAUGAAUUAGUGGCAGCAUGGCAAGAUGAGAUCACUAGAGAGCUUCCUCCAGCACUCCUUGAUCAAUCCAGUACUGCUACAUCGCCCAUCUCAAUAGCGACUUAUAAUGAUUUCAUUCAAGAAUUUUUGAAAUCAACCCAAGUUGAUUGCAUAGUUUCGCCUGCCAACAGCUUUGGCCUAAUGGAUGGUGGGCUUGAUCUCACAAUUUCGAAGUAUUACGGUGGCGUUGCGAGGCUGGUCCCUAUUGUGAGGUCCGCCCUAGUCGACGAGUGGUGCGGACAGCAGAAUGUUGGUACUUGCGUGCUCGUUGAUACGCAGAAACUCAUUCAAGGUGCAAAUCACGGGAAUAACGUGCCUAGGUAUAUAGCCCAUGUUCCAACUAUGCGCGUCCCGAAGCUGUUGCUUCCCGACGAUGACAUCGCCUAUCGCUGCACAUGGGCGCUUCUAACUGCUGUGCGGAAGCACAACAAUGAAAUACUCAAACAGGAUCAAACGAGAACAGGAGGUGAACGAAUCAACACAGUCCUAUGUUCUGGUUUUGGAACUGGGAUCGGGAAUUUCCCUUUGCAAGAGUGUGCUCGUCAAAUGGUUCUCGCUGUGAAGCAUUUUGCUGAGAGGACUUCGUCGAACUCCACCAAUGAGGAUGACCUACGAGGCUCCUCUCAUUUGAUGACUCUGUGGGACAAGGCUGAGAGGAUUGAGGACGCUGUCUGCUGCGUCGUUCCUGAGAAGUCUGGUGAGACGCCCUCGUCUCCGUGUACUUUCGAGGUCCUCGGGAAGUAGUCUGCUCGGUCAGGUUAAUUUCUGCUAGUUUUUACAUGAUCUUUCCGAUCCCACCGACGUGGCAUUAUGCUGCCACAAAAACCCCUCACUAAUAGAAUCUUACUCUGCUCGUUUUCUUCGUCUCCUGGA